UAACAACCACAACAACAACAACAACAUCUUCAUCCUUAACCUUUGUCCCUGUUUUGUUUUUUGAUCACAUGUUCUUGUCUCGAACGCAUUCGUUGAUUCAUUAGUGUCUCUAUUCCAUUUUUUUUUUUUUGCACUUUCCCUUUUCAAUUAUUUCACGUACAGCAGAUAUAUACGUACAUAGAUAUAUAUAGUAACAAAACGACACAAAUGGCGGCUGCUUUUUUCUUUUCCGUCGCGUUGUUGUUGGCGGCGGCGGCGGUUGUUUCUGGAUCUCCGGCGACUCUGACGCUGGAAAGAGCGUUUCCGUCGAAUCAUGGAGUGGAGUUGAGUCAGCUAAGAGCUCGGGACAUGUUAAGGCAUCGGAGAAUGUUGCAGUCUUCGAACGGUGUCGUCGAUUUCCCUGUUCAAGGCACCUUCGAUCCCUUCCAAGUCGGGCUCUACUUUACAAAAGUGCAGUUGGGUACUCCUCCAGUAGAGUUUUAUGUGCAGAUUGACACUGGCAGUGAUGUUCUUUGGGUCGGUUGCAGCUCCUGUAAUGGUUGUCCCCAGACAAGUGGGCUUCAGAUUCAGCUCAAUUUUUUUGACCCCACGCGUUCAUCAACAUCUUCAUCAAUCUCUUGUUCUGACCAAAGGUGCAAUGGUGGAAUACAAACAUCAGAUGCCAGCUGUUCCAGUCAGAACAACCAGUGCUCUUACACUUUUCAGUAUGGAGAUGGUAGCGGGACAUCAGGCUAUUACGUGUCAGAUAUGAUGCAUCUUGACACUAUUUUUCAGGGAGCCGUGACUACAAAUUCUUCAGCACCAGUAGUUUUUGGUUGUAGCAACCAGCAGACUGGUGACUUGACAAAGUCUGAUAGAGCAGUUGAUGGGAUAUUUGGAUUUGGGCAACAAUCUAUGUCUGUUAUCUCCCAGCUCUCCUCACAAGGGAUAGCUCCUAGAGUAUUUUCCCAUUGUCUUAAAGGAGAUAGUAGUGGUGGGGGCAUAUUGGUUCUCGGUGAGAUUGUGGAGCCAAACAUUGUUUAUACUCCACUUGUUGCAUCACAGCCCCAUUACAAUUUAAAUCUGCAGAGCAUCUCUGUCAACGGCCAGGCAUUGCAAAUUGAUUCAUCAGUUUUUGCAACAUCAAACACCGGCGGUACCAUUGUUGAUUCUGGAACAACUUUGGCAUACCUUGCAGAACAGGCUUAUGAUCCCUUUGUCAAUGCGAUUACAGCAGCAAUUCCACAAUCUGUACGCAGUGUUGUUUCCAAAGGAAAUCAGUGUUACUUAAUCACCUCUAGUGUCACUGACAUUUUUCCACAAGUAAGUCUGAACUUUGCUGGUGGUGCAUCUAUGGCUUUAACACCACAGGAUUACCUUAUACAGCAGAGUUCUAUUGGUGGUGCAGCAGUGUGGUGUAUUGGCUUUCAGAAAAUCCAGGGUCAAGGGGUAACAAUUCUAGGAGAUCUCGUUUUAAAAGACAAAAUUAUUGUUUAUGAUCUGGCUGGUCAACGCAUUGGAUGGGCUAACUAUGACUGUUCUUUGUCGGUUAAUGUAUCUGCAACAACUGGCACUGGAAGAAGUGAAUUCGUGAAUGCUGGAGAGAUUGGUGGCAGUACUUCUUUACGUGAUGGACUUAAGUUAACAAAGACAGGGUUCUUGGCUUUCUUCAUGCACAUAAUGCUGAUUUGUUGCUUUGUGUAUUUAUAACAUAAUAUAUACGUUGUGUGAGAUAGAACUAAUAAUUCUUUUUUCCCAUGUAUAUUCUCUUGCCGGUAUGUAUUUGUGACAAUCGGCAAGACCACAUUGUUUUAAACAUUUGGUUGUGCCACCUUUCUCUGCACAAUAGGUUUGUCCGGUUUAGCUUCAGGUGAUUCUGUUGGACACUAUCAGUCUUGUAGAAUCAGAUCAUUACCCUUCUUUAUUUUUGGCAGCAUUGUAAAUUAUU